CCCAUGGCCGUUGAUAGGAGGCCACCACGAAUUAUCUAAUCACUUUUCAUUUCUCCAGCUCCAUCUGGGCCAUGUGCAACUACGUAAACCACGUGCGAUCCUGCUACCUCUGCGCGAGCGAGGAGACGGUGCUGAUAUCAGAAAAGUCUUGCAGCGAGGCGAGGAAGACGGGCAGGUUCGGCAGCUGCGGCAAGGGCGUGGGCAACAAGCCUUAUCGGACACAGUAUCGCUGUUGGAAGUGCAGUGCGAGAAUGGAUGGACAUUCUUACGUGCAGGGAGGAGAAGUGGCUUGGGUCUGAUGAUGAUGAUGUUGCUGGUGUCAUGGCGCCAUAUGCCGAGUUGUGCCAGGCAUGGUUUGAUGGCUGGGGU